AUGGAUGAAAGGAUGCAUUCUGUUGAAACAACAACAUCAACAACAACAAUCGAAACAUCAACUUCUUCAAUUCCUAUUACAACAGUUUCACCAACCUUUUUUGGGGUCAUACAAGAACCAAUCACAACUAUUUUCUCAUCUCAUUCACCCAAGGCUGAGAAAACCAUUCAAGAAGACGAGGCUGAUGAUGAUAAUGUGAUGGUUUCUUUUGUUGAGCUACAAUUCGGUCACGAGGAAGAAGAUAUACCUGAUGACUUAUUCAUGUCAGUUAAGCAAUUCAAAAUUCUCAACUGCAAAAUGAUUUCAAUACUUCAAUUUUUGGCUGAUACUGGAAAUAAGCACUCAAUCAGUGGGGUCGAAGUUGAAUAUCUUCUGAAAACUCAAGAGUCUCGAUUGAAGACUUUAAUUGAAAAUGUUGACAAGCGCAGUGAUGAUCAAGUAGUCACUCAAUCUUGUACUUUCAAUCAUGAUAUUUCCAAGUUGCGCGACGUAGAAAAAGAACAUCAUGAACUUUUUUAA